GAUGCGGACCCCGUGGACACUUGCCUCUCUCAGACCAUAAUUUCCUCCCCGAUGGAAUAAUCAUACGCCUUUCUUCCUUCUUCUUCUUCCCCAAAACUUCUCUCUCUCUUCCUCUCAAGAACACUCUUCUGUUUGCGACACCUCAUCUUCAUCUUGUUCUUCAUGAAUUUCUUCUCUCUCUCUUUGUGAAUUGACUAUAAUCCAUCCUAUUGUUUGAGUUUCAAUGCGUUAGCUGAUGGCGGUUUCGGAGGAGGAAUGUUCAUCUGCGAAAUCGCGAUCUUCAUCUUCCACUUCUAGUUCCACGUAUUACUUGGCUAAGUGCGUUCUCAGAGGCAGUGUUGUUCUCCAGGUUCUUUACGGUCACAUACGCUCUCCGAGCUCUCUCGAUGUCGUCUUUGGCAAGGAGACAUCCAUAGAGUUGGUGGUUAUAGGCGAAGAUGGCGUUGUACAAUCUGUAUGUGAGCAGGCCGUAUUUGGCACUAUUAAAGAUAUGGCCAUCCUACCAUGGAAUGAGAGGUUUCGACCCUCAUAUACACAGAUGCUGGGCAAGGAUCUUCUCAUUGUAAUUUCCGAUUCUGGAAAGCUUUCAUUUCUCACAUUUUGCAAUAAAAUGCACAGGUUUCUUCCUAUGACACAUAUUCAACUUUCCAAUCCUGGAAAUUCAAGGAAUCAGAUAGGGAGAAUGCUGGCCUCAGAUUCGAGUGGAUGCUUUAUUGCUGCUAGUGCAUAUGAAAAUCGUUUGGCUUUAUUCUCCACUUCAAUAUCUGCUGGUAGCGACAUCGUUGAUAAGAGAAUAACUUAUCCUCCUGAUAGUGAAGGAGAUUCAGUUGCUCCUCGAAGCAUGCAGAAAGCCAGUAUAUGUGGUACCAUAUGGAGUAUGUGCUUUAUUUCAAAAGAUCGUGGGCACCUUACACAGGACAACAAUCCUAUACUGGCUGUUCUUCUUAAUAGGAGAGGAGCGAUUUUGAAUGAACUGCUAUUAUUGGGAUGGAAUAUUAGGGAACAGACUAUACAUGUUAUAUGUCAAUUUUUGGAAGAUGGACCCCUGGCUUACGAGGUUGUUGAAGUUCCUCAAUCUUAUGGAUUUGCACUUCUAUUUAGGGUUGGUGAUGCUCUCUUGAUGGAUCUUAGAGAUGUUCACAGUCCCUGUUGUGUUUAUAGAAUUGGCUUACACUUCCCACCCAACGUGGAACAAAACUUUAUUGAAGAGUCAUAUAGAGUACAAGAUGCAGAUGACGAAGGACUAUUUAAUGUAGCUGCAUGUGCUCUGCUGGAACUGAGGGAUUAUGAUCCCAUGUGCAUUGACAGCGAUGAUGGCAGUUUGAAUACAAACCAGAAUCACGUGUGCUCUUGGAGUUGGGAACCGGGCAAUAAUAGAAACCGAAGGAUGAUUUUCUGUAUGGAUACAGGAGAUCUCUUCAUGAUAGAAAUGAAUUUUGACUCUGAUGGCCUGAAAGUGAAUCAGUCUGCUUGUCUUUACAAAGGUCAACCAUACAAGGCUCUUCUGUGGGUUGAAGGUGGAUAUUUGGCUGCAUUAGUGGAAAUGGGGGAUGGAAUGGUCCUGAAAUUAGAAAAUGGAAGACUGAUAUAUGCAAAUCCCAUCCAGAACAUUGCCCCAAUUUUGGAUAUGUCAGUUGUUGACAAGCAUGAUGAGAAACAAGACCAAAUGUUUGCAUGCUGUGGAAUGGCACCUGAAGGGUCUUUAAGGAUUAUUCGAAAUGGUAUCAGUGUAGAAAAUUUGUUGAGGACAUCUCCAAUUUACCAAGGUAUAACGAGUAUAUGGACCAUUAAAAUGAAACGAAGCGAUACUUAUCAUUCAUAUUUGGUACUGUCAUUUGUUGAAGAGACCCGAGUUCUAUCAGUUGGCUUGAGUUUUAUUGAUGUCACUGAUUCAGUUGGUUUCCAGUCUGACACCUGUACUUUGGCAUGUGGUCUUUUAGAUGAUGGUCUAGUGAUUCAAAUACAUCAAAAUGCAGUAAGGUUAUGUUUACCCACCAAGAUCGCCCAUUCUGAAGGCAUUGAGUUAUCUUCUCCAGCUUGCACAUCUUGGUUUCCAGAUAAUAUUGGUAUAAGCUUGGGAGCAGUUGGACAUAAUGUGAUUGUUGUUUCCACUUCUAACCCAUGCUUCUUAUUUAUCCUUGGAGUUCGAAAGGUUUCUGGGUAUGACUAUGAAAUAUAUGAAAAGCAAUAUUUGAGAUUGCAGUAUGAAUUGUCAUGCAUUUCAAUUCCUGAAAAACAUUUUGCCAAAAAAGAAUCAAAUUUUCCUAUGAACUCAGUUGAAAAUAGCAUUAUGUCCACUCUUUUGAAUGAGGUGAGUUGUGAUACUAUUAUUGUUAUAGGCACCCAUAGGCCUUCCGUGGAGAUUUUAUCUUUUGUUCCCUCUAUAGGCCUUACGGUCCUUGCUUCUGGAACUAUUUCAUUGAUGAAUAUAUUAGGGAAUGCUGUUAGUGGAUGCAUUCCCCAAGAUGUAAGACUUGUUUUAGUUGACAGGUUUUAUGUUCUUACGGGGCUCAGGAAUGGAAUGUUGCUUCGUUUUGAGUGGCCUCAUACUGCUACGAUGAACUCAUCUGAUAUGCCUCACACUGUUGUUCCCUUUUUAUUGUCUUGUUCCGAUUCUUUCAGCAAGGAAUUUCAUAAUGCUGAUAUAUUGGAGAAGCACGAGGAUGAAAUUCCAUCUUGUCUUCAAUUGAUUGCUAUUCGUCGUAUAGGGAUCACUCCUGUUUUUCUGGUUCCUUUGACGGAUAGGCUGGAUUCUGAUAUAAUUGCUCUAAGUGAUAGGCCGUGGUUAUUACAUAGUGCUAGACACAGUCUUUCAUAUACUUCCAUAUCAUUUCAACCGUCAACACACGUAACUCCUGUGUGUUCUGCUGACUGCCCUAGUGGACUACUAUUUGUUGCGGAAAGCAGUCUACAUUUGGUAGAGAUGGUGCAUACCAAGAGAUUGAAUGUGCAGAAAUUUCACCUUGGGGGCACCCCAAGGAAGGUCCUAUAUCACAGUGAGAGCAAAUUACUGCUUGUGAUGAGGACUCAAUUGAUUAAUGAUACAUCUUCAUCUGACAUAUGCUGUGUAGACCCUCUUAGUGGGUCAAUUUUAUCAUCUCACAAGCUUGAAAUUGGAGAGACAGGAAAAUCCAUGGAGUUGGUGAGGAAUGGAAACGAACAAGUUCUUGUGGUUGGAACAAGCUUGUCUUCUGGUCCUGCCAUAAUGGCCAGUGGUGAAGCUGAAAGUACCAAGGGUCGGUUGAUUGUCCUCUGCCUUGAACACGUUCAAAACUCAGAUACUGGCUCAAUGACUUUUUGUUCAAAGGCAGGAUUAUCAUCUCUUCAAGCCUCACCGUUUCGUGAAAUUGUUGGAUAUGCUACAGAACAGUUAUCAAGCAGUAGUCUUUGUAGCAGUCCAGAUGAUGCAAGCUCUGAUGGUAUAAAACUUGAGGAAACAGAAGCAUGGCAAUUACGGGUGGUUUAUUCAACUUCCUUGCCUGGAAUGGUUCUUGCUAUCUGCCCUUAUCUUGAUCGAUAUUUCUUGGCAUCUGCUGGUAAUGCUUUUUAUGUAUGUGGUUUCCCAAACGAUAGUUUCCAAAGAGUGAAAAGGUUUGCAGUUGGGAGGACACGUUUUAUGAUAACAUCUCUUACGGCUCAUGUUAAUAGAAUUGCUGUUGGCGAUUGUCGUGAUGGUAUUCUAUUUUUCUCUUAUCAAGAGGAUGCUAAAAAGCUGGAGCAAAUUUAUUCUGAUCCUUCACAGAGGCUAGUUGCUGAUUGUACUCUUUUGGAUGUUGACACUGCUGUUGUUUCAGAUCGUAAGGGAAGCAUUGCUAUCUUAUCAUGUUCUGAUCGUUUAGAAGAUAAUGCAAGUCCGGAAUGCAACUUAACGCUGAACUGUGCUUAUUACAUGGGUGAAAUUGCUAUGACCUUGAGGAAAGGAUCUUUUUCAUACAAACUUCCAGCUGAUGAUUUGUUGAGAGGUUGUGCUGUCCCUGGCUCUGAUUUUGACUCAUCACACAACACUAUUAUUGCCAGUACACUAUUAGGGAGCAUUGUAAUCUUCACUCCUUUGUCGAGGGAUGAGUACGAACUUUUGGAGGCUGUUCAGGCUAAACUUGCAGUUCAUCCACUAACUUCCCCCAUUUUGGGGAAUGAUCAUUAUGAGUAUCGUAGCCGUGAAAAUCCUAUUGGAGUACCAAAGAUACUUGAUGGUGAUAUCCUAACUCAGUUCUUGGAACUUACAAGCAUGCAACAAGAGUUGGUAUUAUCGUCAUCUGUUGGCUCACUAAGUGCAGUUAAACCGAGCUCAAAGUCAAUGCCGGCGUCUAUCCCCAUCAAUCAGGUUGUGCAGCUGCUUGAAAGAAUUCACUACGCACUCAAUUAGUUAUAUAAUUAACCUUUUGUGGGAGGAAACUUUGGAGUUGGAAUACCCAAACACAAAGAGCUUACAUAGGUCUACCUUCUGUGCCUUCACGUACUAUACUAACUAUUGCGGUGGCGGAAACACACAUACAGCUGCGAUGUUAUUUUACAGAUUGGCCUGUGUAAUCAUUGAUAUUUAAAACGAUGUCAACUCCUCAAGUUACAUUUCUCUCUACAAGGAACAGAGAGAUACCUGUACAGGUGAAUAAAUGUUUUUUUACCAAUUUAAGCUGCCUAACAUUUAUUUUUCUCUGUAGUAUAUAUAAAUACAUAAUUUUAUUAUCUGAAAGUGGAGAUGAAUACAGAGAAUGGUGGCUAGUAAAGAAAAAUCUUUGUACAUUAGCUAAGCAAUGAGCUACUUUAGUUGUUUCUUUAUCGUAUAUCUCAAUCUAUGUGUUGAUUCAGGGUUUUGAUAGACAUUUUUUCUUUUAUACCAGCAUUGGAUAGUAGUACCAUUUGGGGGA